AUGUCUGAAUUGGACAGUUUUGAAACUGGAAAGGAGGAACUAAAGGAAAGAAUCAAAGGAUUAACAAGUACAUUAACGCCAUUCUUUCAGGUUAUUGUCAAUAGUGACAUGACAAGCUUACGAAAAUUCGUGGAACAAGACAAGCAUGAUGUUAAUUCAACUGCAAAUAUUGACAUUGGUUUUACUUCUCGUGUGAAUGCUUUGCUAGUAGCAUUACUGGUAGAUAAUAAGGAAGCUUUUCAGUUCCUCUUACAAAAAGGAUGCAGAUGGGAAGAGAGAACGAGCCCACCUUUCAAGUAUAAUGUUCUUCAAAUGACUUGUUUGCUCGUUGAGCCUGCAUUCCUAGAUUUACUUUUGAAAAGAUUAUAUGAAGAGUAUAUCAGAGAUCCAUCUCAAGCUACUAAUCUCAAGAAUCUUUUCAUGUCCAAUGAGGAAAAAAGUGGAUCUCCUUUUGUUAUUUCACUAUCAAGGAAUUCUGUAGAAUCAUUGGAAAUUAUCUUGAAUUCAUUUCUUUUCACUGGGAAAAUCAUUACUAAGGAAGAAAUUUCAAAGGUUAAAAUCAAGGGACAAGGUUUUCUUCAUAUGAUUGCAGAAACAGGAGCAGUGGAUUCUUUGAGAUUUCUUAUUGAUAACAAUUUUAUGGAAUAUUUGGAUGUAAAUGAGAAAAAUUCUUAUGGGAGCACUUCUCUACACUUGGCAGCAAGUGGUAACUCACCUAUUACCAAAGAUAUGGGAGGUUUUAGUAUGAUUGGAAAACCAUCCUGUGAUCAUUCUGUUUGUGAGAACUGUAUUCAUUCCCAAGUAAUAGAUAUUCUUGUAACAGAAUUAGGAGCAGACCAGUUUUUAUUAGAUGAAUCAAAACUUACACCGUUAUCAGUAAGUGUAUCACAUAGCCACUUUCAAGCCACACAGACAUUAAUUGAAGUUGGAGCGUUAUCCAAGAACCAGUACCUUCAUGAAGAGCUAUUUACUUUGUCUGCAUUGGCGUGCUCUAAAGGAAAUACCAAUUGUUUACAAAUUCUUUUGGACAAUCAAGUAAUUCCAUCUUCUGAUUCUUUGAAUAUGGCAAUAUUUGAGGGUCAUGCAACAUGUGUGAAAAUAUUACUUGAAAGUCAAGCUGUCCCAGAUAUUAACAUACCAUGGUUAAUUGAAAAAAAGGUUACAAAGCUAACACCUCUGGUACAGGCUUGUCUGCAGGGAAAUUUGGAUAUAGUUCGCUUGAUUUUGGGAUAUAGAAAGCAAAAAAUUAAUGUAAACCAAGUCCCAAAUGGUGUGAAAUAUUUACCAUUGCACGCAGCUUGUAUGAGUAAUCGACCAAAAUUGGUUUUAUAUUUAUUGAGUGUUGGAGCCAAUCCUAUGUUAAUAGACAGUUUAGGAAAUUCUAUUAUGAUAUAUGUUGCAUCUCAUGGAAACGAAGAACUGGUAAAUGCAAUUUUCAGCCAUUUUGAAAAGACAAGUAAAGAUAUGAAAGAUAAAAUUAAGAUUGCUCAAUUACUAAUGACGCAAAAAACUAAAGAAGGAUGUAACUGUAUUGAGAUUGCUGCAAAUACUGGUAAUAUUAGUUCGUUCAAUGCUUUAGAAAAAGCAGUCAGAGGGUACGGAAUAGUACUUGACAAUGUUGAGAAUAUUAGAAAAUCUGUAGAACAGGCUUCCAAAAAAAUAGAAAAGAAAAAGAACAAAACAACAAGCACAGAACCUAAUAUAAUGUUUCAGCCUUACAACCUUCCAUCUAAUACUGUAGGCGAUGAAAAUCUGUCUCAGUUAAAUCAACACAUUCCAACUUCAACAACAUUUAACAAGCUCUCUGAUGGCAUGUUUUCUAAAGAAAUGAAGAUAUUAUUGGAAAGGGCUAUUUCUGCAAUUAACAGCGGAAAAUCUUGCAAAGAUGAUACAUUGGGAGAAUUGUUACUCGACUCGGAAGGUAUGAAGAGGUUGUGUAAAAUGAAUUUUGAUCUGGAGUGGUGCAGGUUAAUCAAACAUGCUGAUGAUAUUAGUGAUGAAGAUCUUAUCUACCUCAAUAUUUUCUAUUCUAACAUGUUCAUGUUUAUGAGCCAAGAUAACAAAUCAAAACUGAAUCAAGAAAAAUGUUUUGAUAAAUUCUUCUCCAAGAUAAUGUUUGGUAAAGACAGAUUCAAAAAGAAAAGCUUACUUGCACUAACAACCCAAUCCAUCAGAAACUGGUAUGGUGGAUCAUCAUACGUAGAGGUACUUCUUAAGCUUGAAGGAGGAUUAAUUGGACACUUGAUUAAUAACUCAAUUUUCUUACUUAUACAAGAAGAUGUGAAAAUCCAACAACUUGGUGCCCCUCUAUUCAAAGAUGUUUGUCUACUAUUUGCUAAUCAAAAUGAGAUGAGGUAUCACGUUCACUACAUGCUUAAUAAUGCAAAUGGUAUGGAACAUGUUAUUUCUCUAUUGAAAAAAAAUCUCAAGUCCGGAUUCAAACUUGUAGAUCCUGAAAUUACUAGAUUACUAAUGGAUAUUGUACAAUAUUAUUCAUGGGAUUUCCCUCAAGAAGUUUACAAUUUGGAAGGAAUUCAAAUGGCUUUGGAAUAUCUUGAUAAUAUGGAAUUCCUUGUGUGGGAAACAAAUGAAAACUCUUUGGCUGUCAUUUUCGGAAUACUUCAAAAUGUGCCACCCGAAAUGAGGCAACAAAUUGAAAAACAAUUUAAGAUUAUGGAGAGAACGUAUGGCUACUUAAAAAAUUAUCAAAAGUACAACACUCAAUUCGUAAAUUAUUCCAUUCGUGCUCUUAGUUUUGUAAUUAAUUAUGGCACAAUGUCAGACAGUGAGAAGGAGAAUUUUCUUAAAACACUAAUCAAAGCUGUGCAGCACCACAUUCCUCCAAAAACCAACAACUUGAGUGAUGAGCAGGUAUCUUUAUUUAGACAUAGCACCCAAUCCUUCUCAAUUCUAUCUAGUGAAAGCAGAGAAUUAGCAAACAUGCUUCUCAAGAAUACUGAACGAGGAUUGUUGUACUUUGUAAAAAUGUGCUUGAUUGGUCCAGAGAGACUUAAAGCAAAUCUUGUAUCCACAAUUGGUGUACUUUGUUACAAAUCAGAUAUUAUGGAAGAUUUUAGAAUCACGAAUGAUCCUCUAUUUUUGGGAUUAUUAGAUUGGGCAAUGAAAGAAUCUAUGGGAACAAACCCAUUCCUUCAAAAUGGUUGUUUAAACCUGCUUACUGCAAUGCAUUUAUCCACUCAAAAGGAUUCAAAGAUUACCUUUAAAGUAGGCACAACGGACCUUCAGGCCGAAGAUUACACACCUUUCAAUCCUGCCAAAACAAGUCAACCUUCAAGAUGUUGUUUUUGUGCAAGAAAUGGAGUGAAGAGUAGAUGUGGUGAAUGUAAAAAAGUGUACUACUGCUCACGAGAAUGUCAAUUAUCAGAUUGGAUAUUCCAUCAAUGUAUUUGUAAAAACAAGAAGUAG